AUGGGGGAAGAAGAAGAAGAGGAAGCUCAGGAUAUGGAAGUCCAGCAGCAUUCAUCUCACCUCAGAAAAGGAAGUGAAUAUCGGCGUCGGGCACCGGUAUCUCUGCGAAACUCUCCAUUUUCCACUGCAAUUCUCCAGGAGCCUAUGGAAAAGAUAAAGAUGCUGACAUGUAAAUAUGACGGCAAGACCGACCUUGAAUAUCAUAUAUCAGCCUAUGAGGGACACAUGCUGCUGUACACCGACACUGACUUAGUUUUAGGCAAGGCAAAUGACUUCAUCUGGGGGGAAGAGUUCGACACGGCGUCAAAUGCCAAAAGGCCGAUAGCGGAGGAGAAGGAUAAGGAGAAAGAUCGCAAGGACGACAAGUACCGGAAGGAUAAGAAGCCGGACACCUCCAACAGAAGGGGGGAAAGUAACUUCGUGAAGAAGGGUCACGAAGGUCGACCCGACAAAUAUCAUAAUUACACUCCUCUAACAAUAUCCCGGGCACGAAUACACGAGUUACAUCAAAAGGAUGACAAGUGGCAGAGGCCCAGAAAGAUGUAUUAUAAGGGCCGGGAUAAAUCGAAGUGGUGUGAGUUUCACAGGGACUACAGUCACAUAACAGAAGACUGCAAAGACCUCAAGGACGGGAUCGAAGACCUCAUCAAAAGAGGCUACUUCACCCAGUAUCAAGCGAGAGUCGACCGAAAGUCUCCAUCAAGAGAAGAUGAAAAUGGUAACAGGAAGUCAGUGAAAGAUAGAAUCACUGAAAUCCAUGUUAUCUCUGGAGGACCGACAAGGGGUGGAAGCAUACAUGGGGCCAAAGUUAGCCUAAAAGAAGUAAGGCACCAAGUGAACUACCACAACACGGGGAAAUGGCUGGCACCAUCGACCAUGUCGUCCGUAGCUUUUACAUCGAAGGACGCUAAGGGAAUCGUCUACCCCCACGAUGAUUCUUUGGUAGUAUCUCUGCAGAUAUCAACCGCAAUAGUGCACCGCGUCCUGGUAGAUGGGGGAAGCUCUGCUAACAUCCUGUACAAGGAACUUUAA